AUGGGACCGAGUAAGCCAGCUGUGUCUGAUGCUACGUUUGCAUUCACUACCCAGCUGUACAGGGAUGAAGCAAAGGCUUUCCAAACACAGCUCCAGUUUAACAGAAGUGUUCCUGCGGUUCCAGAGAACUUGGCUCUCAGAUUCUCUAACCCCCGUCCAAUUGUAAUAGAAAAACUGAAGGCAUCCCGUGAUCAGAGGAAUGUAGCUGGAAGUGAGGACCCCAGCAUAAGAAGCUCUGGCAUGUUUUCAGCGGUGUCUGAGGAGAGACUGAAGCUGGCUAUUCAGCUAGCCAAAAGAGACAUAAAACGAAGACAUCUUGAAGAGCAAGUGAAACAGCAGGUGUUUGGAGAUGCUGUCAAUAAACCAUUGUUGACCCAGAAGUUACAACAGCAGACGACUGAAGUAUCUGAAAGUCCAGAAAAUAAAAACGCACUGAAGUCUCCAACUCGCUUGAAUUGUCAGCAGAAACGCGGUCAGCCUUCCAAAGUGGAGAUGACUGCCUCUGGCGCUAAAGUUUAUCUCUGCACACCGCCGGGGGGAAAGCUAAUACCGCCUGGUUUGGACUCUCCACCUACCCGUGAUGCCGGACCGGACCCCAAACCAAAUGUAACCAAAAGAGGAGAUACAACUGUGCAGGAAGUGCGGCGGCUGCAGAAGGAAUUGAGGUGUUAUAUCCAGAAAAUUGAAGAACUGACCAAAAAAGGGAGAGAGAGAGAAAUUUUAGAUCCUGAUAAAGAGCAACAAGUUUGCAUUAGGAGACAGAAACAAGCGGCGCGGUCGGCUCGGAUGCUGUAUGUGUUCCAGCAACAGGUAAAAGAAAUUCAGAAUGAUUUAGAGAAACUGAGUCCUCAUAAAAUCAAACAUACUAAAAAGUCUCGAGCAGUGUCCAGGCUGGCGGCAGCACACCGAGGAGCUGUACGAGCCUUGCAGGCAUUUGCCAAUCAGGUUACAGAUCAAACAGAGCAGCAGAUUCCUACCCACUACAAGGAACUGGGCAGUCUCAUUCGACAACUGUCUCUCUGUUCCGCCAAGCUAGAACUGGAUUCUUCCAUUUCUGACAUUAUCAUAGAUAUUUUGCUGCAAGUUGAGGAUCUGGAUUCACUGCUGGAAAAGAAACAAACACCCAAAAAAGUGAAGAAAUGUAUUUCAGCAUCUCAGGGCAGAUCUCCAAGGACCACUGAGACGUUUCCAGCCAGAGAGCAGCUUACACCUGCAAAGAGAGAAAACAAACCUCUCAUCUUAAAGGGGCAGCAUGGAGAAGAACCUAGAAAACCUCCAGUGGCCCAGAGUCUCUUGACUGCAGUUCAGAGGGCAAACAGUUGUGCUCAUGUGUUGCACAAUAAAUCCCAAGAAGAAAAUGACCCACCUACUCCAGAGACAAAUGCCACUUUACAAGGAAGCAUUGAUGCAUUGGUGAGAGCCAAAGCUGUAAAAAAAGAUCCCAUCCGGGAAAGUGGGCGUUUGAAGAAGAAAGGUGUGUUAUUACCUGCAAAAUCAAAGGGAAUGCCAAAAUCUCUCAAAUCAAGACAGUUACAGCCUCAAGGGAGGCAUGCCCGAUUUCAGGAGACAACUAUAGCUUUCCAGCUAAAAGAGAACAAACGGCUUGUUAAGGAGAGCAGAAUGCCCCGCAUGCCUCCACGCCCUGCAUCUCCCGCGCUCUCACCGCAGAGACAAGCAGGGCUUGAAGCAGAAACAUCGCAGAGGGUGAAGGCUCUAGCUGACCGUAGCAGAGGACAAACAGAGACCGUACAACAGUUGAGGUCACAAAGUGCUUCUGCAGCCCGGUAUGCAGGCACGGUUGAGAAGGCAGCGCAGGAGCACUCCGAACCUCCGUUAGACAGGACACAGCAGGUUGCUGCAAAUGCAGAUAUUCUGUGUGAAAAGCUAUUGGAUGAUCUUUUGGAAGAUACUGCUCAGGAACUGUGGAGUAUGGAGCAGCAUGAGGGACUCCAGACAGCGGCUCUGCCUGUGGCUGACACUCACAGUCUGGAGUCAAUGUUGCAGAGAAUGGAAGAAAUUGAAAGGUACCAGGAGGCUGUCCGUAGGAGAUUCACCCAGAUUGUGUACACUGAUUCGGAUUUCUUGUCCCAGGAAGACAAAAUGGAACAAAGUGCAUCAAUAGCUGAACGACCUGUAUCUCCUCAUCCAAUUCAGAUAACCAAAUUAAUCGGGCACACCGAGCCAAAAAUGGACUUUAUAUUUGAAAAACUUUCUGAUGGGAAUGAUAUUGAUGAAAACGAAGAAGCAGAGGAGAAAUUGCAGACUGGAGACGACAUUCUGCAGCCCUUGACACGGAAUUCCCUACAGAAAGGGUGCUGUGUGUCUCUCUCUGUGCCAAAGCAUAUGCUCCAGAGAAUCUCGGAUUAUAACAGCAGAUACAAGCAGCACUUGAAGCUUAUUUCCCAUGAGGCACUAGGCAGUUUCAAUCCAUGGCAGAUUGCUGAGAGUCUUGCAGAGCAGCUAACGGAGGAAGCCCUGUGUGACGUGGCAGCAGAGCUGCAGGAUGUUUGUGAGGAUUACGCAGAAGCUGUGUUCACGUCGGAGUUUUUGCAGCCAGCACAGUGA